AUGGCACGCCAUCAAAACAUCCGAAACCUCGACUACGAGGCAGAACUUGAGGAGUACGGAGCGUUCUCCGAUGAGGAAGAGGAGGAGCUCAGCCCAGAAGACCAGGUCCGCAUGAGGGAAGGCACAGCUCAGGUACUGGAAGCACUUGGUGUUGAGGCACACAAAGUCACAAAGGCGCAGAUAGAAGAGUCGCUGUGGCACUACUACUGGGAUGUUGACAAGACCAUCACCUAUCUCAUCUCCAAGUACAUCGACCCGCCCAAGAAGCCUGCCAAGACUGCUCCUCCAAAGACAGCACCAAAGCAAGAUGGCACCUGCAUCUUGGGUAAAGGGUCUGGGCCGUGGUGGCCGACUUCGCUCAGCCGGUCAUCUCCCGUUGCUCUUUGCGAACCCUCAUUGACAACGUCCUGUCAAGCGGCCAUUGCAAGUGCUUCUCGCCAGUCAUUUGCCCACCUGUUCCGGGACUUGCCAUGGGGAAACAUUCCACCCGAGCGGCAGGCGGUUCUCAUACCGCCUCCGCAGCUACCUGGAGGCCUUCUUGGAGGUUCAGGAGCGCCCCCGAAGAUGUCCAAGCUGCAGCAGCUAGCAGCCGCCCGGAAGAAGAAAGCCGAAGAGAAGAGCGCCUCAGGAGAAGUUGAGCAGACACAAGUCAAGAUGACGGAGCUCACUGUCAACGACAACCAAGCAUCCAAGGAGAAUCGUCCGCUGGCUGGCGUGUUUGGCAAGCGGGUAAAGAUAUCAGAGACAACUGCUCAAGGACGCAUCCCUCUCACUAUGGCGGAGCCCACAAGACCCGAAAUACCACAAGCUCAAGCGCCGGAGGCUAGUCCAAGUCAGCACCAGGAGGAGGAUCCAAUCGACCCGGAACCGGCGGUGGCACCGCCAAAAGCUCAACCGUCUGCUUUCGCGUCGACUCUCUUCGGCCCCUCAUCGGAUAGUCCCAAGCGCAGACCCCGCGAAGUGUUCGCCUUACCAUACAUGGCAAUUUCUUCGUACAGCCCGGAUGCCUUUGGCAAACCCAGCCCAGAUGACGUGGUCCUUGCGGCUCAGGCGAAAGUCGCCACAGCCGGAAAGAAGUCUGCGAACGUCCACAACAAAAAAGGGUCAUCUUCCGCAGAUGGCGUGACCAACCAAGUCAGCCAGCUCAAGAUAGACGACACACCCUUGCCAAAGAGCCGCAAUCUCAAUGUUCUCUCUGAAUUUGAAAAGCAGAAGGGUAAGAAGACUGCCAGUUUUGUGGUUGUCGGCCACGUUGAUGCCGGCAAGAGCACCAUGAUGGGGCGACUACUACUCGACCUCAAUGUUGUCGACCAGCGGACCGUCGACAAACUUCGGAAAGAGGCGGAAAAGAUCGGCAAAACGUCUUUUGCUCUUGCCUGGGUAUUGGAUCAACGCCACGAGGAGCGUAGCCGAGGCGUCACCAUCGAUAUUGCUACCAAUCGCUUUGAGACAGAAACUACUUCUUUUACUAUUCUUGACGCUCCUGGCCACCGGGACUUUAUUCCCAACAUGAUCGCUGGCGCAAGUCAGGCAGACUUUGCGAUCCUGGUUAUCGAUGCAAGCACAGGAGCUUUCGAGUCUGGUCUUAAGGGUCAAACCAGAGAACAUUCUCUUCUUAUCCGCAGCAUGGGUGUCUCGAGAAUCAUCGUGGCUGUAAACAAGCUCGACACGGUCAAUUGGUCCCAGGAGAGAUUCGACGAGAUCACGCACCAGGUUUCGGGAUUCUUGACAGCGACUGGGUUCCAGCCCAAGAACAUCGCGUUCGUACCCGUAUCGGGCCUCCACGGUGAUAACCUCGUCCGAAAAUCCACAGACCCAGCAGCGUCUUGGUAUACCGGUAAAACACUGGUGGAGGAGCUCGAGGCUUCGGAACCAAGUGCGAGGGCAUUGGCCAAACCCCUGCGGAUGACCAUUUCGGAGGUUAUGCGCACACCCCAGAGUUCCAUAUCGAUCACUGGCCGCAUCGACGCGGGCUCACUGCAAAUGGGCGAUGCGCUUCUGGUGCAACCAAGCGGCGAGAAGGCCUACGUCAAAUCUCUUCAGGUUGACGACGGAGAACCAGCGGACUGGGCCGUUGCCGGGCAGAAUGUGGUCCUUCAUCUCAGCAACAUCGAUCCCAUUCACGUCCGCGUCGGAGACAUUGUAUGCGACCCUGCCAAGCCGAUUCAGUGUGUGGACACGUUCACGCUUAAGGCUUUGGCGUUCGACAUCCUCAUGCCCAUGCAGGUGGAUGUGCACAGGGGAAGACUCCAUGCGGCUGGAAAGAUCGAGGCUAUCGAUGCCAUCUUGGAUAAAGUGACAGGCAAGGUGACGAAGAAGAAACCAAUGAUUGUGAAACCAGGAACGGUUUCUAGGGUUAGGGUCACGCUACACUCAAAGGUACCACUCGAGGCAGGACAGAGGGUCGUGCUUAGGAGUGGUGGACAAACGGUGGCAGCUGGAUUGUUGGAAUGA